GACACAAUGAUAACCAGUAUCAAAGUGGAUACCGCUGAACGAGUCUCGUAAUGCUGAUCUGGUCCAUCUGGAAAUGUACCUGAAGUCCCAGGUACUACUACGGCCAAUCUAGUUGACAAAGUUGCAAAACCUUUAAAUGAGUAGAGGUACUCUUGACCAUGCUUGAGUGUGUUUUCUUGCAGGUCUCUGCCUCUCUGAGGACACACAGGGCGAUGGCAGGUCUCUGCCUAUCUGAGGACACUCAGGACAGGGCAAUGACAGGUCUGCCUCACUGAGGACACUCAGGACAGGGCGAUGGCAGGUCUCUGCCUCUCUGAGGACACACAGGGCGAUGGCAGGUCUCUGCCUCUCUGAGGACACUCAGGACAGGGCGAUGGCAGGUCUCUGCCUCUCUGAGGACACUCAGGACAGGGCGAUGGUAGGUCUCUGCCUCUCUGAGGACACUCAGGACAGGGCGAUGGGCCUUUUCUCAACCAUAUUCUGGAACAAUCCUUACCCAGAUACUGCAAUACAUGCAAGUUUGUCAGUGACAGUACACAACAUUUUCAGUGGAAAGAAACCACAAUGUGUUUGCUUUCUAAUAAUUGUACAAUUCCUUGACUGAUAAUUUUGUAAAUGUCUCCGUCAGUCAUGUUUUAAAUGCUCUUUGAAAACCCCCAAAAUAAUUUACAAAGUAUUUUUGUUGUAAGAGGUGCGACUAGAACAGCAUUUGAUAUUGAGUAAACCAUCAUAUGCACAAGAUUUUAGAUUCACGGGAUAUAGCCCUAGCCCCCAUCAGUAUGUCUUGUCUCAGGCAGCAAGUAGAUGGCGUCUGACUACAACACAACCAAUACAGUGAGAUAGCUGAGUCACACAACUAGGUCCUACUGUGGCAACAGUAGCCUACAGAAACUGGUGUGAACACUGGUGUAGAGCCCUUUAUCGUCUGGCAAUUAUCGGGAAUCGUCUUGAAGAUGCUGUCGAUAACGUUGAAGACUCUUCAGCAGCAAACGUUUAAAAUAGAAAUAGACCCAGAACUAACGGUAAAAGCCCUGAAGGAGAAGAUUGAGAUUGAGAAAGGGAAGGAUGGCUAUCCAGCCGCGGGGCAAAAGCUAAUCUACGCAGGCAAAAUAUUGAAUGAUGACAUACCUUUAAAAUACUACAGAAUUGAUGAGAAAAACUUUCUGGUGGUCAUGGUUACAAAGCCCAAACCUCCAGCUACUCCACAGAUUUCUCCUCAGGCAGCCCCAGCCCCAGCCCCAGCCUCUACCCCUGACCCUGCACCUCCUGCUGUUUCUGGGCUGUCCCUCUCUGACAUUGCCCGACCUACCUCCUCCCCUGCCCCCAUGGAAAUCUCCACCCUGUCCCCUACACCCACACCUGCCCCUGCCUCAAACCCCACACAAUCAGUGGAGUCCUUCACACCCCCUGCCCCUGCACCAGCCCCUGCUUCUAUUCCCCAAGAAGCCCUUCGGGCCAGUGCAGCCCCAGCUCCAGCCACAGCAGCAUCCUCCAUCUCAGAGGACAAGCCUCAGGGGGAGCACCCUGAACAGCCCUUUGCCACACCACCAGCCCUCUCCUCCUCCAGCCUUGUUGAUGACUUAAGUCUCCUGGAAGAAGCAGCAUCAAUACUGGUGACAGGACAGGCAUAUGAUAAUCUGGUGUCUAAAAUAAUGUCUAUGGGAUAUGAAAUGGAGCAGGUUGUUGCAGCGCUGCGAGCCAGUUACAACAACCCAGACAGAGCUGUGGAGUACCUGCUAAUGGGGAUUCCGGCCGAGGCUGACCUUCUGCCACCGGAGGCGUUCCUACCCACAGCUCUGGCCAACCUCAACCCCACUGCCCCAGCUCCUGCCCCAGCCCCUGCUCCAGCCUCAGAUAGAGCCCAGCCACCACCAGCAGCCACGACAGGCGCAGUGUCUUCAACCCAGCAGCCCCCCUCAUCUGGUGUGCUGACUGGUGGGCUUACUGGUGGUACUGGUGGAGGUACUGGGGGUGGGAACCCCCUGGAGUUUCUGAGGAACCAGCCACAGUUCCAGCAGAUGAGACAGGUCAUCCAGCAGAACCCAGCUCUCCUUCCUGCCCUGCUCCAGCAGCUAGGCAGAGACAACCCCCAGCUGCUGCAGCAAAUUACCCAGCACCAGGAGCGGUUUGUGCAGAUGCUGAACGAGCCCCAAGGAGGAGAGAUGGUAGAGGAGGGAGUUGAGGCCCAGGGGGCGCCACAGACUAACUACAUCCAGGUCACCCCACAAGAGAAGGAGGCCAUCGAGAGGUUAAAAGCCUUGGGAUUUCCAGAGGGACUUGUCAUUCAAGCAUAUUUCGCAUGUGAGAAGAACGAGAAUUUAGCUGCUAAUUUCCUGCUCCAACAAACAUUUGAUGACGAGUGAAUGUGCAUGCGUCAGCGUGAAGGGGAAGAAUGGAGGGCUAGAGAACGAGUGAUAGUGCUACAAAAUGUACUUUGAAAGGAGGGAGUGGAAAAGGUUACCAAAAGUGACUUUUCAUUGGACAAAGACGUGAUGUGUAGUUACUGUAAGCUAUGCCUUCUCCAUUCUCUCUGGGUGAGUUAGCUCUCAGUGGGCUCUCUCGCUCACUGCUGCUAUUACUGCUGCUUGUGCUGUGUCCAUCCAUAGAGUUACAGUGGAAGUUUGCCUCACCAUAUAUUGCUUUUCAACCUCUCUCAAAGGAAACCCCAAACAUACAUUGAUUUGCUUUUGCUAUGUGAUGCCUCAUAUCCUGGGAGAAUAUACUAGAGUUUCCCGUGAUAAAGUGACAAAACCAGCAAAAUGGCCAUGGAACUCAAAUGUAUUGUUUGUUUUUUCAUAUAAAGGUAACUCAGAUAUUUAGCAAAUGAAAUGUCAUAUCAAUGUUGGAGAGUUACUUUGGCACUUUAUUUGACUUUUACAGAAUGAAUGUUUCUAUUUUUUAUGUAUCAUGGUUUAUGUAAAAAAGGAGGUUCUGUUAUUGAUAAGUGUCAUCGUAUUGAAAUGUGAUAACACUGUAAAAUGAGACAUGAUGGGUAAUCCUGGAUUUGGUUCCAGAUGUGUCCCAGUGUAGUUUCACUGUAAGGUACCAAAUGACUGCACUAAAUGUUUGAGCCACAUAGUUGUUUUUUUUUUAUAUCCUUGCUCAACACUUGAAGGCUAGUUCUCAUGAUAAGCUGUUGACCACACUAUUUACUAAGAGAGUUUUCAUCUAUGUUUUAAUUUGAUUUGAUCUUUAGUUCGAGCUGAAUAUCAAUUGAGUCAUGUCCCUAUUACUGUUAUUGUUAUUAUUAUUAUUAUUAUUUAAUAAGCCUGUUAUGCACACCUGAUUCUGUUCUCCCUGAACACUUUCUUGUGUGUUUUGAUUGCCCCUAAUCCUUAAUGUAGCAUGUCAAAAUAAAUAAUGCUGUAUGUUU